AUGCAACUCGUCUCGAAGCGGAUUUCUCGGGCCAUCCACAAUGCAGACAAACAGGACAUUCUCAGCCAAAUGUAUGGGCUAUGUACAGACGCAGCAACCGUGGUAUUCUUUGAGACCAAAGGGCCGUUAGUUGCAUUCAAUUUCCUCGAGCAGGGCCAGGGCCUGGUCGCAGGAUCACUAGAGGAAACGCGGUCCGACGUGGUUGACCUCCAAGGGAAACAUCCUGAGCUUGCAAAACAAUUCACCCGGCUUCGCAAACAGAUAGAAGAACUUAGUGCUGGGCAUAAAAAUUCUGGCGAUUAA